AUGGCACUCGAGACCACUGAAGACGGAUGGACUGACCACUCGAGUUGUUGCGAACAAAGAGAUUUCCGACACUUUGUAUGUCUGGACCACAUGUCGACAUACACCAAUUGUAUUCUAUCGCACCAUAAAGUGCUGUCGAGUGAACCGCAAGAGUUUCGCGUAACUCAUGUUCACCACAAUUGGGCUAUAAUUAAGUGGAAACCCCCGAAGAAGCUGGCCCACACUGUCACCAAAUAUUACGUCCACUUCAGGGAAACAGGCAGUGAUUCGCCAAACAUCUACCAAAUCGACGUCAGCACCCGUUCCCCUCAUCUCAUCGAUAACCUAAGACCC